AAAAAAAAAAAAAAGAAAGUAGUACUACAAAGUUAGCCCUCCUCCCUAGCUAGCUAGCUCGUCUUUACUUCAGUCUCCAUAUCCUCAAAGUCACUACUUUCACUCUAUAUAUAUGUGGCUGCAUCUUUCUUCACUCCCUACACACUAACAAGAGAAACGGUAGUAUCAUAGCAGCUUUGAAUAUUCUUCGAAAUAGUUAAUUACUAUAACUCCAAAAUCUCAUCAUAAUGAUGAAAUCAGUGGUUUUAGCUGGUUUUCUGGUCAUGAUGACCAUGGCUUCACUUGGUCAUUCCCUUUGGGACCAUGACAAAAGUCCCCAAGCCGUCGAAAGAUGGUACAAACAGGUUUCACACGCAAAACCCACAUUGACAAAGCUUCACUUUUACCUUAACAACAUUGUGACCCGAUACCCGCCAGCCAGCACCCCGAUUGCCCGGGCCGCCAGCACCGCCACUUCCCCGACCAAGUUCGGACUGGUAACUGUGCUGGACGCCCCUUUGACUUUGGAACCCAACCCGGAUUCCGAGGUCAUCGGCUACGCUCAGGGUCUCUUCAGCAUGUCUUCCCAGGAAGAAAUGUGCACGCUCAUGAACGUGAACUUCAUCUUCACCGCCGGCGAGUUUGCCGGUAGCACCAUCACCAUGGAGGGCCGUAACGUUGUGUUCGGAGAAAUCAGGGAGUUCCCUCUAGUCGGUGGAUCCGGGGCUUUCCGGUUGGCCAAUGGGAUCGGCACCGCCACCACGUACAUGGUCAACACCACCUCCGGCGAUGAUAUUCUUGACGUCCAUUUCGUGUUCUACCGUUACGUUCUUCCUGAUGCCUCCGCUGAGUACGCCACCGAGAUGAAGUUUUAAUUUGAUGAUGGAUCUGGUGACGCCAUCAUGUUUGAUUUUUAGGAUUUUCAUUUCCAGUUCCAUCAAUUUAAUGUUGUUGUUGUUGUUGUUGUGCUUCUGAUUUUCUUUGUCUCGCAAUCAAUAAAACUUUGGUAUGAUGAACUUCUGUUUUAUAAAGAAAAGAGGACAAAAAAUAACCAGAGAUCAUUUGACUCUGUAUUUCUGUUUGAUUCAUAUUUAUGAGAAUCUUUUGUUUCUUGAAGCAUGUGACUUUAAUAGCUUGUUGGAUAAUGUUCAUGGUUAAAAGAAACGAUUGCAUGAGAAAAUAGAACUAAGACUGUUUAAAAACGAAUGAAUGAAAC